UUCAGAGACACGCAGGUAAUGUAAAUAUCACAGACCAGGAAAUAAUUUCAGUCGCCGUGUGGAAAGACACACGGACAAAGCGCAGUCUGUCUGUGGGAGAAACCCACUGAAGAACCUCUGUGACAUCUGGAGGCAGUGGACGCAGCGACACGCAGGGAGCCACGAUGACCUCAGAGAUGCUCUUGAACAUCCUGGAGGAUCUGGAUGAUGAUGAGCUCUCCAGAUUCCAUUGGUUCAUGCAGCAGCCCAACAAUGUCCAAGGCCUCCCAGCCAUCAGAAAGAGUCAGCUACAGACACUAGACAGGUGUAAAACUGUGGAUGUGAUGGUACAGACUUGCAAAGAUCAGGGAGCUGUGCAGAUGACCAGGGUGGUUUUACAGAAGAUCUCCAGGAAUGAUCUGCUGCAGAGGUUUCCUGCCAGCAGCUCAGGACCAGAAGUGCCUGUCAGUGAUGUUGGAGAACCUUCAGAGAGCAGAGAACCUUCCUCCUCUCAAACUCAGCCUCCUCUUCCUCAGACUGAAGAUGAGACUGUUCCGGAACCAGAACCACGUCCCAUCAGAUAUUACCAACAGAAGCUUCAGUCAAACUUCCAGGACACGUUUCUGGUCACAACAGAGGGGUGGGCAGCAGAUGAAGAGCGUCUGGUUGAUGUCUACACAGAGUUGUACAUCACAGCUGGCCGGGAUGUGCACGUCAACACACAACAUGAGGUAGUACAGAUUGACAAGGUGUGGAAGCCAUCAGACACAGAGACACAGAUCCAACCCAGAGACAUUUUCAAGCAUCCUUCUGGAAAAGACAUACCCGUCAGAACAGUGCUGACCAAUGGGAUUGCAGGGAUUGGAAAAACAUUCCUCGUGUGCAAGUUUGUGUUGGACUGGGCCGAAGAAAGAACCAAUCAAGACGUGCAUCUUAUUUUCCCGUUCACUUUCCGUGCUCUGAAUUCACUGCAGGGAAAAGAGUUUGGGUUGUCAGAGCUCAUUCAUGACCGUAUCCCAGAAACUAAAGACGUCACAGUGGAGGCUCUGAAUUACAUCUUUACAGCUCUGCAGUCCUCAGGAUCCAGCAGCUACCACAAGAGCAGAUUCAAACUGCUGUUUGUGUUUGAUGGACUGGACGAGAGUCGCCUUCAUCUGGACUUUGAUGUCAACAACAUUCCCUCCGUGGACGUAACAAAGUCAACGAAAAUAGAAAUCCUGCUGAGCGGACUAAUCAGUGGAAAACUGUUGCGCUCAGCUCGCCUCUGGAUAACCACACGACCUGCAGCAGCCAAUCAGAUCCCUCAAAACCUCGUCAACACUAUAACAGAGGUCAGAGGGUUCACCGACCCGCAGAAGGAGGAGUACUUCAGGAAGAGAUUCAAGGAGCAGGUCCGCAGCAUCAUCUUCCACAUGAGGAAGUCACGAAGCCUCCACAUCAUGUGCCACAUCCCAGUGUUCUGCUGGAUCACUGCUACAGUUCUGGAAGAGCUGCUGAGAACCAGAAAGGGAGGAGAUCUGCCCAGAACCCUGACUGAGAUGUACGCAGAGUUUCUAAGAUUUCAGAUUGAUCACACAAAAGAAAAGUACGGUUCAGAGAAUUGCAUUCAGUACAUAAAGUCAUUAGCAAAACUGGCUUUUGAACAGCUGCACAAGGGCAACCUGAUCUUCUGUGAGAAAGAUCUGAGAGAAAGUGGCAUCGAUCUGAGUGAAGCCUCAGUGUACUCAGGAGUGUUCACAGAGAUUUUCAAAGCAGAGCGAAGACGGAAAGAGAAAGACAAGAUGUUCAGCUUCAUCCAUCUGAGCGUUCAGGAGUUUCUGGCUGCUCUUCAUGUCCACGUGACCUUCAUCAACUCUAGAAUUAACCUGCUGGAAGAAGAACAACAAACAACCUCCUGGUGGUCAAAACUGUUCAGAGCCAAAGUUGAUCCAACAACAGUUUUCUACCAGAGAGCUGUGGACGAGGCUUUACAGAGUCCAAACGGCCACCUGGACUUGUUCCUGCGCUUCCUCCUGGGUCUGUCACUGCCGACCAAUCAGAAUCUCCUACGAGGCCUGCUGACACAGACAGGAAGUACACACAAUUUUGUCCACGUGUGUAGCUCACUGACCAGUCAGAAAACAGUGGAGUACAUCAAGAAGAAGAUCAGUGAGAAUGUGUCUGUAGAUAGAAGCAUCAAUCUGUUCCACUGUCUGAAUGAACUGAAGGAUGAUUCUCGCGUGGAGAAGAUCCAACAGUCCCUGAGAUCAGCAUAUCUGUACACAUAUGAAAUGUCUCCUGCUCAGUGGUCAGCUCUAGUCUUCAUCUUACUGUCAUCAGGAGAACAUCUGGAUGUGUUUGACCUGAAGAAAUACUCUGCUUCAGAAGAGGCUCUUCUGAGGCUGCUGCCAGUGGUCAAAGCCUCCAAGAAAGUUGUACUGAGUGGCUGUAAUCUGUCAGAGAGAAGCUGUGGAGCUCUGUCCUCAGUCCUCCGCUCCCAGUCCUCCAGUGUGACAGAGCUGGACCUGAGUAACAACAACCUGCAGGAUUCAGGAAUGGAGAGUCUUUCUGCUGGACUGGAGAGUCCACAUUGUAAACUGGAAGCUCUCAGACUGAGUGGCUGUAAUCUGUCAGAGAGAAGCUGUGGAGCUCUGUCCUCAGUCCUCAGCUCCCAGUCCUCCAGUGUGACAGAGCUGGACCUGAGUAACAACCUACAGGAUUCAGGAGUGAAGAGUCUUUCUGCUGGACUGGAGAGUCCACACUGUAAACUGGAAGCUCUCAGACUUAAUAACUGUAAUCUGUCAGAGAGAAGCUGUGGAGCUCUGUCCUCAGUCCUCAGCUCCCAGUCCUCCAGUGUGACAGAGCUGGACCUGACUCACAACAACCUGCAGGAUUCAGGAGUGGAGAGUCUUUCUGCUGGACUGGAGAGUCCACACUGUAAACUGGAAGCUCUCAGGCUGUCAGGCUGUCUGGUCACAGAGGAAGGCUGUGCUUCUCUGGCCUCAGCUCUGAGCUUGAAGACCUCAAAUCUGAGAGAGCUGGACCUGAGCUACAACCAUCCAGGAGACUCAGGAGAGAAGAUGCUGAGAGCUAAAGUGGAGGAUCCACACUGUAGACUGGAAACUCUCAGAGCAGCCCUAAAGUGA